GAAACAAACACAUGACACACACACAAACACACUACAUGCACACACACACACAUGCUCAUAAACACACACACAUGCUCACAAACACACACAUACACACACUCACACAGACAACUCACUUCACACAUACGCAAAAUACACACAUACACACAUGUACUUCAACAUAAACACACUCAACUCACAACCAUUCAUAUACAUGCUCAAAUCUUGCUCUCCUUUAAUGCUCUCUCAGUUCCUAUUGCUCUCCCUCUAUCUCUGUCUCUCUGGCUCUCUCAUUCUGCUAUUCACACAUCAUAGAGUAAGCAGUAAUAACAAUGCUGCCACAGAAUAUAAGCAGCGACAGCGUCAGCAACACCAGCAGCAGCAGCAACAGCAGCAGCAGCACCAGCAACAGCAGCAACAGCAGCAGCAGUAAAUGUACAACUUCACAUUGGGAUACCUACGCUGUAUAACAUCACAUUACGAAAGGAUUCGGCACUUUUCUGGAUUUUCUCACUGGAUUGGAUUUUUACAUUAAGAAAUAUGAAGAUACAUACAUAUAUAUUCCUCUUCCUUCCAAAUCUCUCCUUGUGCAUAGAUAUCACUUAUCAAGUAGAGGAAGGGCAAAGACCUGAUACAUAUAUUGGAAAUAUCGCUGCAGACAUACAGUUGGAAAACAUACCUUUAAAAGACCGUGCAUUAAUUUGGUUCAGUCAACUAAAAGAGGGUGUUAAUGACACAUUAUGGUUAUUUAAUGUCUCAAGAACUGGGAAACUUUACACAGCCCAACAACUAGAUACUGAAGCUCUUUGCAAAUACAAUACUGAAUGCUUCAGGACAGUUGACAUUGCUGUUCAAAAUAAGGAAUCAUUUGUAAAAAUUCUUGAAAUCAAAGUUAUAUUAAAAGACGUCAAUGAUCACCGUCCAGAGUUCCCUGAGGAUCAUGUAAAGAUAGAAUUUUCUGAAGAUGAUCGCAAAGGGGUAAGACGUUCAAUAGCAAAUGCCAUUGACAAAGAUGUUGGAAUUCAGAACUCACAAAUUGUUUACUGGAUGAAGAAUGAACACGGACAGCCAUUUAGUUUAUCUGUGUCCAAGAAAAUAGAUGGGACAGCUAAACUUGGAAUAAUUUUGGAGCAAAGACUUGAUAGAGAAAUGGAAGAUAAUUAUGACAUACAGAUAGUAGCCAAGGACCAAGGAUUUCCUCCAAAACAAACUAUUUUAAAUGUCCACAUUUCCAUAACGGAUGUUAAUGAUAAUCCACCACGUUUUGCUAAAAAUGUUUACAAUGUUUCACUCAAUAAUGGAUUUAGGAAAAACAAACCCAUUACCAUAUUAUCUGCAACGGAUUUAGAUAGUGGCGAAAAUGGUAAAAUAUCAUAUUAUUUUGGCUCCAAAACAUCUAACAAUGCUAAAUCAUAUUUCAAAUUAGUUAAAGAAACAGGUGAGAUUUUCCUUAUCCAAAAGUAUUUCUCAGGAUCCAAGAAAAUGCACAAGUUGUUUAUUGAAGCUGUAGAUGGGGGUAUUCCACCUUUGAGUUCUACAGCAAUGGUUUUAGUAAAUAUCAUAAAUCAACAAAAUAACAUACCCAAAAUUGAGGUAAAAUUUGUUUCCCAAUCAUCUGGAAACAAAUUGACAAUAUCUGAAGGAAUAAAAGUAGGCAGUUUUAUAGCCUUUGUUAAGAUCAUAGAUGAUGACAUUGGUCAGAAUGGAGAAGUUGACUGUUUCCUUCAUCAUGACAAACUUCAACUUCAAAGUUUAGGUAAAAUGAAAUAUAAAGUUAUAGUUAAAAGUGAAAUUGAUAGAGAAACUGAAAGUCACAUUGAAUUUGAUAUAACUUGCAAAGAUAGAGGUUCUCCUUCAUUACAAACUCAGAGUCAAUUUUCAAUUGAAGUAGUGGAUAUCAAUGAUGUAAGGCCUAUGUUUACCAAAGAUACUUUUAAAUUUUUGGCCUAUGAAAAUGAAAAAUCAAACUUCCUUGUUGGAUUUAUAAAUGCCACUGAUCCAGACCUGGGACCAGAAAAUAAACUCUAUUAUUCACUCUUCAGUAAGGAUCAAUAUGUUCUUCCAUUUGAAAUUUCUGAUUUUGGAUUUAUUUCAACAACACAAUCUUUAGAUCGUGAGCAACAAGAGAUCUAUAAAUUUCAAGUUUCUGUAAAAGACAGUGGAAUACCACCGUUAAACAACACUGCAAAUGUUAUUGUUAAAGUCAUGGAUGAGAAUGACAACGUACCAUACUUUACUUUCCCUAGUGUUAACCCCUUCAGUCUAGAUGUCCACUAUCAUCCACAAAUUAACAAAGACAUCACAGUACUAAGAGCCUCUGACAGAGACAGUCAUGUGAAUGCUUUCCUGACAUAUGAAAUUGUCAAAGGCAAUGACAAACAGUUGUUUAAUGUAAACCCACAUUCUGGAGUAUUGUCUUUCUCUCGUCCAGUUUACCAAAAUGAUGCUGGCUCAUAUGACCUUGGUUUUGUGGUCAGAGACAGUGGGACUCCAGUAUUAUCAGCAACCACUACAGUAUUUCUGACUCUAACAGUCAGCAACAGCACUUCUCAGCUUUACACAGCUCAACACACUGAGUCAGAUGAUAUGAUACAUAUCAGUUUAGUAGUAAUAAUUGUAAUAGCUGCUGUGAUAAUAUCUACAGCUAUUGUAGUUUCUAUAAUAGUCUGUAUUGUUCAAAGACAGAAUCAAAGAGAGGUCCAGUACGGUUACCGGAUUGAUGCAAACAAUGAUUUAGUUGGAGAACGAAGGCCAUCAGAAUAUAUAUGCGAACCUAUUUCACCAAAAUAUGACAUUCCAUUUACUAUAGUAGGAGACCAAGUUAGUAAUAGAAACUGUCAAAUUACAGUACCCAAAAGGGAAACCCAUUCAGGAUAUAAAUCAGAACCUAAUCUAGAAGGUUCUGCUUCUGGAUUUCAAAUGCAGACCAUAACAAAAGGAGAUAGUCAGGCGGCAACUGUGGCUUCUAACAUUGGUAGAGAAGGACAUAUGAUUGCAAGUUCAGAUGAUUUCUGUCGAAAAUCUAUGUCUUCUCAUAUUGAUAAAGGACAAGGCCAGAAAGAGGGAAACGCUCAACUUUAUCAAGAAUUAUUAGGUCGCAAAUUAUGCCAAAUUGAACAACCACAGAACUCAAACAAGACAUCUAGUCUUCCCAGGGAUUCUGACAUAAAUGUCAAGGUCUGUUACCCAGCUAAAAUUGGUCAGAAUACUACAUGCAAUGAUGUAAUUGAUCUAAAGUCCAUCAGAGUAACAGGAACAAGUUCUAUAUCAUCCCAACCAUGGAAUUUACCAACAAAGAACAGUUUCACUUCUUAUAUCAAACCAUUACCUGCAUUACCAAAAUUACCUUAUUCACCAACCUGAAAUGAAUUUUUUUUUUCUCUUGGAUAGACACAAAAGUUUACGUUCAUAUUAUAUAUGUGUACCCACAUAUAUAUGAUAAUAGCUGUGAGUAAACUAUGAAAAGCAGAGACAAUUAAUGGUGAAAGACAGCUACAAUUUAUUUACAAUAUACACACAGAUAUAUAUAUACAUAUAUACAUAUAUACAUAUAUAUAUAUGUAUGUAUAUAUACUAUGUAUGUAUAUUGUUCACAAGCAUAAUGCACUUGCUAUGUGUGUACAUAUAUAAAAAUAAGAGAUGUAUAUUUAUGAAUAAAUAUGUUUGAGAAAAUACAGAAGUGUUAACAAAGGAAAUAUGCAUAAAUGCAGAUAUUCAUUCAUAUAUAAAUACUUAUGUAUUGAAACAUUUCUACAGAUAGGAAUAUAACUGCAUUUAUACUUGUGUGGGACUGUGUGUUUGUACACUUAUACACUC